GUUGUCAAGUCUGCUGGUCCUGUUCUGACCAAUGUGAUGAGCGCGUAUAAUGACUUGGGUUUUUUGGUAGGUCCCCUGACUCUGCUUUUCUUACCAUGGUGAGAUUAACAUAUUUCAGGUCUCCAAUCAGAUGCCAUACUCACCAUGGGGCCCUAUGAUUGGCCGUACGCUUAAACAGAACCAAGCAGUUCGUCGAACUCCCUCAAUGCUCAACAAGGAUGAGGAAGAGAACUUGAUCCAGCAGGGUGAGAUUUUUGGUGCGCUCUGGCACUACCGAUCCCUCAAAAGCAAGAUGGUGGAAACGAUCAAUUGGGGGCUCAAGGGCGGGAAGAAGCGACCAGAGAAUCUGAUUGAAUGUGAGGCAGAAUAUGAGGCGGCUGUGACUGUUCUCAAGGACCAGGCGCGAGUGCUCGAGAGGUUUUCUAAAAUGUCGACCGAAAAUGUUCACGAGCCAGGCAGAGGAGAUCCAAGCGAAGAUCAAGGAGCACAACCGAUCUAUCCAGAAGAAUAGUGUGAUCAAACAGUCAGAGAGACAAAAGCGUAAGCGAAAUGAGACGGAGAAUGUGGAUCCAGGAGAGGGUUUGGAACCGGAAGAGAACGGAGAGGCAACUGAUGAUGAAUGUGAAAGUUCAAACCAUGGUUAGA